GUUUGGCCGUUGUUUAGGCUUCAAACCUGACAGACUAAAAGCUUUCAAAGCUAGACGCCGAAGGAGUUUGAGAAUUGAGAAUUGAGAAUUGGGAGCUGGGAAUUGCUUCUCUCUAAAAUCUGAAUCCUAUUUCCUUCUCUGAUCUUUCUUUUAAUCUUUUUUUCUUGGAGAUGUCAGCUACUAUUCGGGUUUCACCAAGCAUUCAAUCUCUGCAACGAAGAGAACCAUUUGAUGUCACUUCUCCGCUUGUGCGAUUUCGUAAUCGUUUUUCAUCUUCUUCUUACAUUAGAAUUGCAAACUCUUCGAUUCUUCCGAAGAAAUUCAAUGUGAUUUGCGGCAGGAUUACUUCACUCGGCGCUUCCAGCGUAGAAGGUCUUACUCAGAAUCUCGAUUCCCCCAUUUCAAUUGAACUCCAACCCAUUGUAACCGAAGCACAGUUCGAUCAGAUCAUUUCAGAGACUCAGCAGCCACACGAUGCAGUCAUUAUUCUCUGGAUGGCAAAAUGGUGCAGGAAGUGCAUAUACUUGAAACCGAAAUUGGAAAAAUUGGCCACAGAAUACCAGCCGAGAAUCCAGUUCUACUGUGUUGAUGUCAAUAAGGUCCCACACAGGCUUGUUUCUCGUGCAGGAGUCACUACUCUUUAACACCUAUGCAGAAAAUGCCAACCAUACAGUUAUGGAAAGAUGCCAAGAAACUAGCUGAGGUGAUUGGAGGCCACAAAGCAUAUUUGGUGGUUAAUGAGAUUCGUGAGAUGAUCGAAGAUGAAUGUUCUCUGUAAUCUCUUGUUUCUUUGGUUUUACUUUCAUAUUUUAAGUCUCAGUUAUUUUAAAAGCAGGUUUGUAUAUAUCUGUUUUGAGAAUAAUCCCUUUCACUACAAGAUAGAAACGAACCACAAUUAAAGGAAGGAAUGUAUACUUUUAUUACUUUUGAUGAUUAAACUAUCAUCUUUUGAAAAAGAGGAGCACUUGAAGAAGCCAAA